UUACGGUUUUAAAAUUUUCCAUUUCAAGAGGAAAGCUUCAGCCUUGAGCCAUAUUAAACAACCUAUGACACCCAAAAUGCCAACCGAGUGGUAACUUAAGUUAACCGGUACCCCUUACUCUGCCAAUCAACCCGGAAAUUCUCAGAAACUCGGCACAGAGUAUACGAUCAAUUACGACAACCCUCCUCCACACCCCCGAUCGUGGCAUUUUCUCUUUGGCCAAUCUCUUGAUGGGCUCAAACCCACCAUUCCAAGUUGGCUGGGCCGCCUUAUCAAUAAAAGGGCAAUCUACCCAACCCAGCUCUCCGCUCAAAGCGUUUAUAACCUCACUACUGGUGUUUCCGAUCCUACAUUUUCCUCUACAUUACCCAUUGAUCCCAGCUGAGGAGAGCGGUGAACACGGAAACACUAGUGAGCAAAAAAGAGGUACAGCCACCUUUGCACCAGGCACGUCUUUCUCUCACUUACACACAAUGUUCGCUUCCUCAACACUCCCCCUUAAAACACACACAGAUAUCAUCUUCACUCAUACCCUCCAGUUGAUUUUUACAUCCCAAGGUGUCGCCGGCUCCCCAUCCUCUAUCUCCUACCGGAAUUACUAAGCACCAACCCGGCUGUCUUUCCCUAUGACAAAUUCUGCAUGUCCUGCAUAGCCAUGCGGCGCAACCUGCGCGCAUUACUAAUUUAGCAGCGCAACAUAAUCAACA